GGAAGAGGAACAAGAGAAGAGAAGCUCCAUAGCCAUGGCAACCAAAAGAAUAACUAUUUUUUCUCCACAAUUUUCAAGAAUUAAAGCUUUUUCCGAAAUGGGUUUCUUGGAGAAACCGGAAACUUCCGCCAAAACUAAUGUUAUCAAAAAUCAAGCAGCCAGCCAAGGAAUUGACAAGAGCAUCUAUGCAAUACUGACCGUCGAUCGCUGGGAAUCACUGAACCAGAUGGAGUAUAAGUUAGCUUCGCUAAGGCCAGUUCAUGGGAGGCUGGCUUUGAAAUUUUUCAAGUGGUUCAUAAAACAACCAGGUGUGGAGCUAAAUCACAUUAUACACAUGCACUGUAUCACUUCCCAUAUACUUGUAAGAGCUAGAAUGUAUGAUUCUGCUAAGUCAAUUUUUAGGGAUUUAUCAGAAAUGGGUGUUGGGUCAAAAUCUGUUCUUGCUGCACUUAUGGAUACUUAUUCCCUCUGCAAUUCGAACCCUUCAGUUUUUGAUGUUUUAAUCAGGGUUUAUGUGAGAGAAGGAAUGGUCAAGGAUGCUGUGGAGGCAUUUUAUUGGAUUGGUUCUUGUGGAAUUACACCAUCAGUUUACACUUGUAACAUGAUUCUUGCAGCAAUUUCAAAGUGCCAGGGUGAUGAGUUUGUUUGGUCAUUUUUCAAGGAAAUGCUUGCAAAAUGUAUAUGCCCUAAUCUGAAUACAUUUAACAUACUCUUACAUGUUCUCUGCACAACGGGAAAGCUCAAGAAAGCAAAUUUCUUGCUUAAAACGAUGGAGGAGAGUGGCUACAUUCCUGAUGUAGUUACUUAUAAUACUUUGCUUAAUUGGUACUGCAAGAAGGGAAGGUAUAAAUCAGCAUCAGAGCUGAUUGAUCGCAUGGCUUGUAAAGGUCUCAAGGCUGAUGUUUGUACAUAUAACAUGUUUAUAGAUGAUUUAUGUAAGAAUAAUAGGAGUGCAAAAGGGUAUUUACUUUUGAAAAAGAUGAGGAAGAGAUUGGUAAUUCCAAAUGAAAUCACCUACAAUACUCUAAUUAAUGGGUUCAUGAAAGAGGGGAAGAUUGCAGUUGCAAUGAAGAUUUUUCAUGAGAUGAUGAAGUUGAAUCUGUCACCAAAUUGUAUCACUUUCAAUGCUUUAAUUGAUGGGUACUGCCGGGCAGGCAAGCUUGAAGAUGCUUCAGAACUUCUGAAGGAAAUGGAAACAAGAGGACUACACCCUAAUGAAGUUAGUUACGGGGCUCUUUUGAAUGGCUUCUGCAGACAUGGAAAGCUAGAUUCUGCAAGACAUAUAUUUGAGAGGAUGAGGAAGAAUGAUAUGGCUUUAGAUCAUGUAGUUUACACAAUGCUAAUUAAAGGGCUAUGCAAAAGGGGGAUGCUUGAAGAAAGUCUUGAACUUUUCAAUGAAAUGGUUGGCAGUGAUAUAUGCCCUGAUGCUAUUGUAUACUCGGUGCUUUUAAAUGGGUUUUUUAGUGCUGGAAGGAUAAAGCAUGCAGAAGAGAUACUGUGUAAAAUGUAUAAAUUUGUAGCUUUGCCAAAUGAGAUCAUGCAUUCUACCCUAGUUUACAAUUUUUGCAAGCAGAAGGAUGUCAUCAAAGCAAUGAAAAUCUGCAAAGUGAUGCUGGAAAAUGGCCAUGGUGCUGACCUGUCCGUAUGCAAUUUACUUAUUUCUUGUCUUUGCAAAUGUGGAAAGGUAAGGGAAGCAGAGGAUUUCAUGCGUCACAUGCAAAGGAUUGGUCUGGUUCCUAAUGCUGUUAGUUUUGAUUUUGUAAUUAGUGGGUAUGGACAUGAGGGUGAUGGCUUUAAGGCAUUAUCCUUGUUUGAUGAAAUGAUCAAAUUGGGCAAUCACCCUACCCUUCACACUUACGGAAGCAUAUUAAAGGGACUGUGCAAAGGAGGAAACUUUAUGGAGGCAAUUAAAUUAUUUGAUAGACUUCGUGAUGCUCAUUCUGUUGUUGAUGUUAAUAUCUACAAUACGGUGUUGGCUGAGAUAUGCAACUUAGGAGAUAUGAACAUGGCAUUGAUCCUUUUUGAUGAGAUGGUGCAGAAUCAUGUGAUCCCUGAUGGCUAUACAUAUGCUAAUCUCAUUACUGGGUUAUGCAGAAAUGGCAAAAUAGCUGCUGCAGUUCUUAUAUUGUCAAGAGCAUUGGAAAGAGGAACUUCAUUUUCUAACCGGCUGAUGUAUACUAGUAUAAUAGAUGGGCUUUUCAAGAGUGGUUUGCCGAAGGUUGCCGCAUACUUCUAUGAUGAGAUGAUAAAGCAAGGGGUUAGGCCUGAUACAAUGACACUAAAUGCAAUGAUAGAUGGGUACUCAAGAAUUAGUCAAAUGGCUCGAGCAAAUAGAUUCUUCUCAAUUAUGAGGGUUAAAUCUCUGUCUCCUAACCUGGAUACAUAUAACAGCCUAUUACAUGGCCACUCAAGACUGCGAAAUAUGUCAGAAUGUUCUGAAUUAUAUCAUUCAAUUACGAGAAAUGGUCUUAGUCCAGAUAUGUCGACCAGACAAUCUGUUAUCUUUGCACUUUGUGAGUCAGGUAUGCUGGAUGUUGGGGUUAAAUUUAUGAAAAAGAUGAUAAUGGAAGGAGCAGUAAUAGAUAAACUUUCAUUCAACAUGCUAAUCGCCAAAUACAGUGAGAAGGGAGAGAUGCAGAAGGCCUUCGAUGUGCUGAAUGUUAUGAACUUAGUGGGUGAUUUUCCUAAUGGAGAUACUUAUGAAUCCAUACUUAAGGGACUGAAAAGAACAUCUAAUUUCCAAGCUUCUCGCAUUAUCUUGCAUGAAAUGCUGGAAAAUGGGUUUAUGCCUACCAAUAGACAGUACAGUGGCGUUGUAACUGGUAUGUGUAGAGUGGGAGAUAUACAAGGAGCAUUCAAGUUGAAGGAUGAAAUGGAGUCACUAGGUGUUAGCUCUCGUAAUGUUGCCGAGAGUGCUAUUGUUAGAGGGCUUGUGCGCCGUGGGAAGAUGGGGGAAGCAAUGUUUGUACUUGAUUGUAUGCUAAGGGUCCAACUUCUCCCAAGCGUUGCAACGUUUACAACACUAAUGUAUGGGUUGUGUAAAGAGGCUAAAAUUUCCGAUGCCUUAAAGUUAAAAGAUGCAAUGGAACUUCAUGGUGCAAAGCCUGAUGUUGUCGUUUAUAAUGUUCUCAUUACAGGCCUUUGUGUUAACGAUGACAUAGACCAAGCCUUCAAUCUGUACAAGGAGAUGAAACAGAGAGGCCUCUGCCCUAAUGUCACCACCUUUGCUACUCUCGUCAAUGCAGUUCAGUCGGGCAAUGAUCCACUGAAGGCCGAAACUCUUCUAGUGGACCUUCAGGAGAGAGGACUGAUAAGCCAAAAGCCCAGUCCAGAAGCUAUACAUGAAAGAUUGACAGUUGUGAUGCAGAAGCUGAACUUCUUGAGGAAGAAAAGGACGCAUAGUAGCAAAGAAAGGGUGAAAAGCGCAUCAAAUGUUGCAGAAAAGUACAAUCAUUAUGGUGUUUGAUUCAUUUUGUCAACAAAACCAUCAUGAGAGUGCGUUUUUGUGCCAAUGGCCAGAUUUGGAAGCUUUUACACCAACCACAGUACAGUUGGGGCCUGAAGCUUAAAAGGUUUCCAUGAGCAGAAAAACUUGAACUUUGACACUCGAGAUGAGAUUGGUAAACCUUUUGUUGCCAAGCACAGCAAAGGUUCUAACUUUAAUCACUAUUCUUGAAAAGGGAACCUCAGAUUUCUCGAGUUUCCGACUUUGUAAGCUCCUAGAUAGAUGUUUGCUAUCACGGUUGUGCACACGCUUCUAGGGAGAUGGUCAGACUGCAAACACCACAGUUUGAGUUGAUAUUGGAGACAGCUAGAUGCAGGCAUGGACUAAGACCCAUCAUUCUGCGCCCUGCGAUCCUGGCAUGCCCAGGAACCUGUCACAAGAGCCUCACAGGCGGCUCUAGGUUUUUUAGCUUACGCCAGACUAAUUCGAAGCCCUCAGAACUCCUAUACAGAGUCGCUGGAUGAGGAUUUCGGUAACAGUAAGGUUUUAACGUGAUUGAUCGAAUAAACUGAGCUAGCUCCGAGGGCAGCGCGCUGCACUAUUGAUUUGGAUCGUCUGCUGUCCUCAACAAAAGAUUAUUCUUGCUGCUCCCAUGGCAGACAGAAUAUAGCAAAAUUUUGGGGAAAAUAAUAAAAUUUCCCUCAGUUGACCUCUAUUCUGUUUUUAUUAUUUGUAUAGGUCACCGGCUUAUUCUCCUGAACUUAAAGCUUCAUUCUUUAUUCCUUCACAAUUCCACUCCAUUUCAUGUUGUUUUACUAUUUUAUUCGAGAAUUUUUACAACGGGGACUAGUAAAAGUUUUUGAUG